AUGGCUGCAUUCCAGAGAGUCAUUGCUCUCAGCGCCGGCACACGAUUACGCCCUCCGACCCUCAUCGCCGACCCUCGAUCUCUUUCCGCCCCCUUGUCCCAUGGCCGCGCCUGUAUUUCCACCGGGCCCCGAUCGCAAUAUGCUUUCCACUCCCAGCUUGAAAGCAGCCCCGAUGCCGUAGCCCUCAGCUCCCCUCAGCGGCCCCCAGCCCCGGCCCUCGCCCAGACCCUCACCGAAAAGAUUGUCCAGCGAUACUCCACGGACCUUCCCCCCGGCAAGAAGGUCAAGGCCGGCGACUAUGUCACACUAAAACCUAGCAUUUGUAUGACUCAUGACAACUCGUGGCCAGUAGCCAUGAAGUUCAUGCAAAUGGGGGCCUCCAAGAUCCGUGACAAACGCCAGAUCAUUAUGUGCCUUGAUCACGAUGUGCAAAACGAAACACCUGCAAAUCUUAAGAAGUACAGCCUGGUGGAGGAGUUUGCUGGCCGGCAUGGUGUUCAGUUUUACCCGGCCAAAAGAGGCAUAGGCCAUCAAAUUAUGGACACGCCUGGCCAAGAACUGUGUCCGUCGCUAGUGACAGUCAUUCGAAUCAUUAUGGUGGGAACACCCGUUGUAAGAACGGACGCGGCUAGCAUAUGGAGUCAAUCCAAGACUUGGUGGCAAAUACCUCCAAUUGCCAAGAUCACAUUCACUGGCAUCCUCCCCCGUGGUGUCACUGGUAAAGACGUCAUCGUAUUUUUAGCCGGAUCACUCAACCAGGACGAGGUUUUAAACCAUGCCCUUGAAUUCACGGGUUCCGAGGAGACUCUGGCAAGCAUCCCAAUUCCGGACCGCUUGACGAUUGCAAAUAUGACUACUGAGUGGGGUGCUUUGAGUGGGCUAUUUCCCGUUGAUAAGACACUCAUCUCUUGGUACCGUGCCAAGGCUACUACUGCUGCUAUGUUCAACAGCCCACUCACGGAGCGCGUCAACCACGAGCGCAUCGAUGAGCUUGUCAAAGACAAAUUAGUUGCCGACCCCGGCGCUUCUUAUGCCAAGGAAUUUUACCUAAACUUAUCUACACUUUACCCAGUUGUUGCCGGGCCUAACUCGGUGAAAAUUAUUACCCCUGUCCGGACUCUUGAGUCUCAGGAUAUUCCUGUAGAUAAGGCUUAUCUCGUUUCCUGUACCAACGCUCGGAGCUCGGAUUUCGCUGCCGCCGCUCGUGUCUUCCGAGAGGCGGCUGAAGAUAGUCAGCCUGCUAAAAUUGCUCCCGGUGUUGAACUUUACAUUGCUGCAGCCUCUGUUCCCGAGCAGGAGUCAGCCGAGGAGGCAGGCGACUGGCAGAUUCUAGUUGACGCUGGUGCCCGUGUACUGCCACCUGGCUGUGGCCCAUGUAUAGGUCUUGGUACUGGUCUUCUUGAAGACGGCGAAGUUGGUAUAAGUCGCAUGGGAUCUACCAAAGCAAAGGCCUACCUAGCUAGCCCAGAAACUGUCGCAGCUAGUGCUCUUCGGGGUAAGAUCGCCGGCCCUGGUUGGUACCAGAGGCCCGAGGGUGUCCAGAAGGUUAUUAUUGGCGAGGGCAGCGGUGAUCAUGUCGCCGACAAGGCUCGGUCUAUAGAGAAGGCUCUUGACAAGCUUCUUUGUGAGGCCGAUAGCGUGAUUGCCACUGCUGAAGGCGCCGGCGCAGAGCAGUCAUCCAGCCCCGCUGCGCCUGAAGAUGAAGCUUUAACUGAGGUUAUCCCUGGCUUUCCCGAGAGGAUUGAAGGUGAGAUUGUCUUUUGUAACGGGGACAACAUCAACACCGAUGGCAUCUAUCCGGGCAAGUACACUUAUCAGGAUCAUGUUUCAAGGGAGAAGAUGGCAGAGAUAUGCAUGGAGAACUACGACCCUGAAUUCAGCACAACUGCUAAGCCCGGUGAUAUCUUGGUAGCAGGCUUUAACUUUGGCUGUGGGUCCUCAAGAGAGCAAGCUGCAACUGCCAUCUUAGCGAAACAGAUUCCUCUAGUCGCUGCCGGCAGUUUCAGCAACAUCUUCAGCCGUAACAGCAUUAACAAUGCUCUCCUCGGUGUCGAACUGCCUGCACUUAUACACCGUCUCCGCGAAACGCACAAGGACAAGGAAGUCCUGACCCACCGCACCGGCUGGCGGUUGCUCUGGGAUAUUCGCCGCUCCAAGGUUGUCAUUACCGAGAAGGAUGGCUCCUCGUGGGAGCAGAAAGUCGGCGAGAUCCCCCCCAACGUGCAGGAAAUCAUCGCUUGCGGUGGACUUGAGGGCUGGGUCAAGACUAAGAUCGCAGCUGAAAAGCAAUAA